UUGCUAAUUGAUUACUUUAUUCAGUUAAAAUGCUCAGUUCGGCCUUGCUCUAAAAGUUCGUCCAUAUUACUUCUAUAUAAACACUGAUAAUUAGCUGAUAAGCCGGGAUUCUGCUCUAUUAUUUUACACAGGAAAUUAAAAACGAAGGAUAGAGAAAAGAGGGAAGACUAAGAAAAGAGCGUAUUGAAUGAACAAAUUCUAGAAAUACUCUUGGUUAUAAAUAGUUGGAAUAAAGAAAACCGGAAAUAUUCUUAUAGGAGAAUGAGGAGGCCCACGCGAGCUCAAAUGGAAGAUAGGCGAAGAAAGUCUAAGCCAUCUCAGCAGACUGUUUCAUCUAAUAACAACGGUGAUUUUAAAAGAUUUUCCGAAAAGAAGGUUCAAACUAUUAUCGAAGAUGUUAUGACUGAUCUCAUAUCGAAUAACGAUUAUCAAGCCGAUAAAGCCGCUAGUCUAGCAACUGAAAUUAGCUUAAGUAUCAAAUCUAAGGUCAAGGAUAUAGUUUCUGAGAGAUACAAGUUAAUUGUCCAUACAACAAUCGGUGAAAAGAGAAAUCAAGGACAAAUGGCUUCCAGAUGUUUAUGGGGACCGUCAAACGAUUCGUACGUAAGCCACAAAUACGAAAAUAAAACAAUUGUUGCUGUAUCAAUCGUUUUUGCUUGUUAUUACGAUUGAAAUAGCUGUAAAAAACAAACCAACAAACAAACAAACAAAAAUUUCUAUCUUUAAUACAAGAGAGUGAUGUCUUUUUUUUUUUAAAUAAAAGGAAAAUAAAUAGAUGAAAA